AUGGACACCAAUCCUCUUGAUACUUCGUCUAAUGUUGACGGAGAUUCACCCGUAAUACCCCCAGACUCACAAAAACCUCCUAUCAUUGAAUCUCCCACAACGUCCGCUUUAUCUUCGGUAUGGUCCUCUACGCCAAACUCUUCUUCUCUUGCUACUACCUCUGUGAGGGCAACAGCUGCAGGCUCAAGGCAGAAAGCUUUAGAUCUAUUUCUCGAACCUCUAAGACGUAAUGGACAAAAUCAAGAUAAUAAUGAACCAGUAAGAAGAGACUCAUGGGUUGAUCGCGGUGCUAGUGAUGACAUAAUUCAAAAAAUUCCAUUGGUAAAAUAUAAAUCUCUUCGUGAAGAUUCUGAUGUAUCAGAAAGUCAAACAACGGAUACUGUUAUAUCAGUGUCACAGACAGAAUCAAGUCAUCAGCCAAUAUCUCCACCGUCACAAAAAAAACCUCGGUUUAAUAUAUUUGGAAGCAGAACUAAAGAUUCUGCUAAUAUUUCUCCAGCUGCACCACAAACACUUACUAUCCCUAACCCUGAUGACGCUGUCUGUUCUAUCUGUCUUUCAUCAUAUGAAGAUGGUGAUGAACUUCGAAAUUUAUGGUGUUCACAUCAUUUCCAUAAAGAUUGCGUUGAUGAAUGGCUAUCAUUAAAUAGACGUUGUCCAAUGUGUCGUAUGGAUGUCGUUGAAAUGGCUAAUGAACGAAAUAGAAGGGGGAAAAGCACAAAUGACAAUGACAAUGACAAUAAUAAUGUCGGCGAAGGCAGUAGUGGUGCCGUUGGUCAAAUUCCAAGUAGUCAAAGUGAAUCAGCCGAAGAUGUGGCCCAUAAUGUAUAA